AUGUAUGAUUUGUUGGUUGUUUUGCAAGUAGUGGAGGAAUCUAUUGUUUUCUCUUCUGGGGAAGACAUUCCACACCCUAUGGACUCCCUUUUUUAUAACUCUGCACAUAUUUGCAAACACAUGAUGCUUGAAGGUGAACAAAUUAAAGCUCCAUCAACCAUGAAACAAGAUGUUGCACAAGAUAACACAAACUCAUAUCCCAAGAAAUCAAUCCCACCCUACAUGAAGGCUAUCUCUGGCUCACUUGGAGGAAUUAUGGAGGCUUCUUGCCUACAACCAAUUGAUGUGAUCAAGACCAGAUUGCAGCUGGAUAGGUCAGGGAAUUACAAGGGAAUAUUGCACUGCGGUGCCACAAUUUCACAAACAGAAGGGGUACGGGCUUUGUGGAAAGGAUUGACACCUUUUGCUAUGCAUUUGACCUUGAAGUAUGCACUUCGAAUGGGUUCAAAUGCUGUACUCCAAUCAGCAUUUAAGGACCCUGAGACUGGCAAGCUUAGUGGUCAUGGGCGGUUCCUUUCUGGGUUUGGUGCUGGAGUGCUUGAGGCUAUUAUUAUUGUCACACCAUUUGAGGUUGUGAAGAUAAGAUUGCAGCAGCAGAGAGGUCUAAGUCCUGAGCUUUUGAAAUAUAAAGGUCCUGUUCACUGUGCUCGAAUGAUUAUUAGAGAAGAAGGCUUCCGUGGGCUUUGGGCCGGUGUUGCUCCUACUGUUAUGCGUAAUGGGACAAACCAAUCUGCCAUGUUUACUGCCAAAAAUGCUUUUGAUGUGCUUCUGUGGAAGAAGCAUGAAGGGGAUGGGAAAGUCCUCCAACCAUGGCAAUCUAUGAUUUCUGGAUUCCUUGCAGGCACAGCAGGUCCUAUUUGUACUGGUCCAUUUGAUGUAGUGAAAACAAGGUUGAUGGCUCAGAGCCGAGAAGGGGGUGAAGUGAAAUACAAGGGUAUGAUCCAUGCCAUUAGAACAAUAUAUGCCGAGGAAGGACUUCGUGCCCUAUGGAAAGGUCUGUUGCCUCGGCUCAUGAGGAUCCCACCUGGGCAGGCCAUUAUGUGGGCUGUGGCUGAUCAAGUAAUUGGUUUGUAUGAGAGGAGAUAUCUUCAAGUUUCAGCUUUGUAA